CUGAUAUGUGAAUAGCCAUGAAAAUGUACAUGAUGUUCGCACUCUGCGGUUUGAUGAUACCUCUUUUACCCCGCCAAUGCAACUGUUGUUUAGACAUCUUGAUCAAGUCGUUUUUCGAGACGUUCAAUCCUAGCGUGGAAACAGGUCCUGGACGGUUAAUCAGCCGGCACCGGUACGACGAUGGCUUCAUGCCCGACUAUCCCGCAGCGGUUAUCGGUCAUGACGGUGAGUGGGUUAAGCCGCCCAAUGACGAUGAUGACAACGGUAGCGUGCCGACAGACGAUUACGUGGACGAUGGUGCAGAUGGUGAUACCGACGGUGAUGACGCGAGCUCAGGAAGGGGUACAAGUAGUGGCAAGGGUGCUGGUGGUACGAAUGGCGUUAGUGGCGGACGUCGGUUGGGAUAUUCUAUUCAGCAACAUAAAUCCGACGCGGCCAUAGUUGCAGCCGCUGCUUCGGGUUCCGGCUCAGCGACGUGGCCCGACGACUAUCCGCCGUUUUCGGAUUUCAUCGUCAGUUUGCUCAAAACGGUUCAACUGACGCCCCGUGCAACGCUGAAAAGGUCCAAAAGUAAAUCUAGCGAAGCCCGAUCCACGAAGACGACGACUGUGCUGCCGGAACGUCACGACAGCAUCCAGAGAACGUGGUAACAAAAUUCGGCGACGGAUGUGGGUGAGCAUAACACGAGGGGUCAAACCGUAUUGAAAUUGGUUUUAUAAACCUUUCUUCGAGUAACAUAGUUCAUAAUGUAAUAUGCGAUAGAUGAUAAAGUUAUAUUAUGUUAUAUACUAAUGAGUCGCGCGAGUUUACAAAAAAAUGUACACACUUCCUCCUUCCUGCAACCCUCGCAAACGUCAAAGUUUCAAUGAUAUAAUAAUACACCAAUAUAUUAUA